ACCCUUACGACAACUGACGGAACCCUUACGACAACUGAUGAAACAACCUUAGAACCAACCACCAUGGGCAUGUCCAACGGGACACUGAUGACAACUGUAAUGAUUCCACCCAACUCCAUCGAUCUAUCUAACAACAACAUCACUUCUAUUCCUCCGAAUUUCUUCAACAACCAAAGCGAUCUCCUGCAGGUCGACUUGAGCAACAACCAAAUCUCGUACCUCAAUGGCAGCAUAUUUGCACCCUUAGUCGACCUAGAAGUUCUCAAUCUCAAAAACAAUCUCAUAACCACGAUCGCAGUAGACGUUUUCAGCGACUUGGCAAACCUUCGGUCCCUUGAUCUGGCUGAGAAUUCCAUCACAAGCCUGCCGGACAACUUGUUUCUGCACAACUUCAACCUAACAGAUCUCCACCUGGGUUUUAACAACAUUUCUGCUAUUGGUAGAGACACUUUUACUGGUUUGAGCGCCCUUCAAAAGUUGUUUCUGAACAACGGCGCGCUGUCCAGCAUACACCCGGCCAGCUUCUCACCCUUGGUGAAUGCUGAAGAGCUUUACCUGCAGGACAAUCAUAUUGACUACCUUCCCAGGAACGUUUUCCGAGGACUCACGAAGUUAAGGUUGGUGAAUUUACAAGGAAACCCAUUAGGUCCACAGGAUGUACUGGCCGUGUUACUGUUAUUACUGUACGGGUACCGGGCAAACCUGCAAGUGUGGUUCAUCGCGAGAUAUCCAUGCUGUAGGUCUGGCCGAGUAGAGGACAAACAGUACGAUGCAUACAUUUCCUACAGCAGUGAGGACCAGAGUCUAGUCGUGCGAGAGAUUGCACCAGGGUUAGAGGAGCGGGGGUUCAAGCUGUGCCUGGAGUACCGAGAUUUCCCGGUAGGAGCGUGCAUAGCAAGCACCAUCAUAGAGUCGGUUGAGGACAGUAGGAGGACCAUCCUCCUUCUCUCGCAGAGUUUCGUGGACUGUGAAUGGUGCGCGCUGGCGUUUAAAGCCGCACACCAACAAAUGCUGAAGGACAAACAGAAACGAAUCGUGGUGAUCGCCUUGGACGGUCCUAAACUAGAAAAUGUCGACAAAGACCUGCAGUUUUUCUUGAGUACAGCUGAAUGUUUGAAGUGGGGAGAGUCUCAGUUCUGGGACAAGCUGAGUUAUGCUUUAUCUGGUGUGGGGAGGGGGGCGGUGCAGAACCAGCCCAGUGACAUUGAACUGAAGAGCGGGUGA